CGUUGGUAGCUCAUCACAAGAGGAAUCAAAGAUGCAGACAGAUGCUGGCGACUCAUCCAGCAGUCACAAGCCGGUCUGUGUGAUCGUUUUGGGGAUGGCGGGGUCAGGAAAAACAACAUUCGUUCAGAGAAUCACGGCUCAUCUUCACGCACAGAAAUGCCCCCCUUAUGUGUUAAACUUGGACCCUGCUGUUCAUGAAGUCCCAUACCCAGCUAAUAUUGAUAUUCGAGAUACAGUUAACUACAAAGAGGUGAUGAAGCAAUACUCUCUAGGACCCAAUGGAGGCAUCGUCACAUCACUUAACUUGUUUGCUACAAGAUUUGAUCAGGUGAUGAAAUUCAUUGACAAAAGAGGGAAGGACUGCAAAUAUGUAAUCCUAGACACACCUGGUCAGAUUGAAGUGUUUACCUGGUCAGCCUCUGGAAGUAUCAUCACAGAAGCUCUGGCGUCUUCCUUCCCUACUGUGGUUGUCUAUGUGAUGGACACUGCCCGCAGUGUGAACCCUGUCACCUUCAUGUCCAACAUGCUGUAUGCCUGCAGCAUCCUGUACAAAACCAAACUCCCAUUUAUCAUUGCGCUCAAUAAGAAUGACAUAGUUGACCACAGUUUUGCCGUGGAGUGGAUGACAGACUUUGAGAGUUUUCAGGAAGCUCUCGAGCAUGAGACUUCCUACGUCUCCAAUUUGACGAGGUCGAUGAGUCUGGUGCUGGACGAAUUCUAUAACGACCUCAGGACUGUAGGUGUCUCUGCUGUCACUGGCGCUGGGAUUCCAGAGUUCUUCAAAGCAGUUGCAGAAGCAGCUGAAGAAUAUGAAAGAGAGUUCCGUCCGAUGUAUGAGAAGUUGAAGUCAGACAAGGAGAAGAGAGCAGAGGCCGUUCAGAGAGAGGAUUUAGAGCGGUUGCAGAGGGACAAAAAAUCUGCUGGUUCUGGAACACUGGAACAAAUCGCUGCGGACAAUUUGUCCAAGCAGUCGGCGAUGGUGAUUCAGGCUGGAGGCGAGGAGGACGAUUCUGAUGAGGACUUCAUACAACCUGGUCAGCCCGAGGAUGAUCCCGAUGAAAAGAAGGAGUAUGAAUCUUUCAAGAGAUUUCUGGAAAACCAGAAACAACAUCAAAAGGACAAGCAGAAACCCAACAGCUGAAACUUACUGUAAACUUCCUUCUGACAUAGUCUAGUGUUUGUAUGCAUGUAUACACGUGUCAUUUGUUAAAAACGGCCUACGUCAUCAAUCCCAUAGACUGUAAAUAUAAGCAUUUAUGUACAUACUGUACAGGUAGAUAGAUAUUUAAUUGUUCGGUAAUUGAUUAGUUACCACAAAGCCUAACCGCCUGUACAUGCCUCUGAAGAAAGCCAGUACAGACGACUGUCAUAUUUGUAGUCAGUUCGCUAGGGUGUUCAAGUCGUUCAUCCCUGGCGCACAAAUGUGACUCAUUAACUGGUUAAACGAUGCAUAGAUCACACUGAUUUGUGUCAUUCAACAAUAUUUCCAAAAGAUCUGUGGCUAUCAGCCGCAAAACAAUAAAAUCUGUUUAAUAACCUGCUUAUAACUGGUUCCUACGUGUGUAUGAACACACAACGCCCGUUAAGGUAGGCUUCAAAACAAGAACGCACUGACGUUACACCAGUGUAGGACAAGAUCCAACAAUUUACGCGCACGAGUUGCCUUCAUAUCGUCGGGUUGAUCGCUAUUUGCUUCUGUUCCAGCAAUCACUUGACGUGGUGGUUUGAAACGUCAUAAGCUUUCUGGAUAUGCAAAGAAAAUUCGUGUCUGCGCCAGGCCUCCGUUGUUUAAAACUGUCUCAUGCUCAUUACAUCAGCACGAUGCCUUUAUGAACAGUUGCAAUUAAAGCGCGACUGAGAUACGUGUUUAAUUGUUAUUUGACAUGGAACUCAUUCACGGACUACGAAUUUGAACUUUGAUAUGGAAUUCAUGCCUGGAAUAUUCAUUGUCUGCCCGGCAUCAUUGAAAGCUGAUGACCGCUUCUCUCUUGUGUGUUACCGACUUUAUUUCUUAUUUGUAUAAUUUCUUACAUACCUUUGUCUUUGGGAGUUAGUGUUAAACGUUGUUUUGGAAAUGGAUCUUGCGAUUAUCGACUUGGAACGCCUUUUAUGGACUACGAAUGGUAUAUAAAUGUCGGACUCGACGCUUAAAUUUACUACCGAAUACCAGCUUUAACUUUAAGCCAUGUCCUUAGUUUUAUACUUAGCCCAGAAAUAAUAUGUAAGAGUAUAUUAUGUAUAAACUAAAUAUGCUACUGUUCGAUGUGAUUUCUGUAAAACUGUAUUGGUUACCGAGUUUUGAUAAAGUAAAAAAUAUAUGAUGUGACUUCAUGCCAGUGUUAGCUAAGGCAAUUUUGAACAUUUUCAAGUACUUGAAAGUCCUUGAAAUAGACAAAUACUCCUGUGAACUCCUUGAAAAUAUUGUCUGUUGACCGCUGAGUCUGUAUAUCGGGAGCUCGCUGAUAAUUCUCCCAUAAUCAGGGCCUUCACUUGCGCUCAUCAUUGUCGCAAAUUUUGAACAAUUUUGAAAAAUGCGAAUGUUUUUGGCAACAAAUUUAUUUACUUGAAAAUAAUCCACUUACUUUCAUGUCAAACGGCCUCACAUCGGCGAAACAAAAACAACACAGCUGUAUGGCGAUUACUUGACAGAAAUCCACAAAGGGGGUUCAGCAUUGAUGCAAGUUGACUUACAUUAAAUAACGCUUGAAAUCAUUUUUGUUAAAUAACGAAUGAGAAUCAUGGCAGUUUGGAGGAUGCCUUUCAUCGCCAAUUGUAAAAAAAAAAAUAAAAAAUACAAAAAAAAACGGAAGUAAAGCAAGGUAGAGUUACACCUGUAAACGAAGUUACCUCCCAUGAAAUAUUUAAACUUUUCCACUUAAUAAACUAUUUCUUUUUUGGAUCCGAAGUAAAUUAAAUGUUUCAGAAUAUGUGCUGCUACAUAAGUGUGUACGUCGUCUGGUUUUCUCCUGUAGACGGUGUUACUCCAAUGUACUGAUCAUAAUGAUGCAUUUAAAUAAACUGAAUUUAUAAAUUGAUUUCGUAACAAAUUUUUCUGAUAGUGGAAAUUAAAUUUUACUAGGAUCCUACAGAUAGGUUAAAAAAAAGGUGGAUUUUUUUUCUCAAAAAACAAAAUCAUGCUGCCAAGCAUUGGUCCAUUACUUUGAGGGCAAUUGUUCUAAAGUAACGUUUGACAAACUCCAGAUGUAGUUGGAAGAGACCAAACUGAUUCUAGCAGCUACACCAUGGCAGAUUAAAACGAGUCCUGGCCGCUAAGGAAGUGUGGCUAAGGAAAAAUAGUAUUCACUAUAAAAUCUGAUGAGCGGCUAAAGUGACUGGCUAAAAAAAUACUGACCCAGAGGAAGCCCUGUAUGGUUAUAUAUGGCGUUGAUUUUUUUUUUGACUUAGCCAAGGCCGGGUCAAAGAAUGUGUCGCAUUACAGAGGUGACGAGCAAAUAUUUCUUGCAAAAGCAAGCGUACUAUUCAAUAUACAGGCAUGUAAAUCAAAGCAUCUAUAAUUCAGACUUAAAAUAUAGUCAAUAAUUUGCA